GUUUUAUUCACCCGUUCCCGGGUAGCGCUGCCGUUUCAGAAACUUCGGUGAUCCCUCUGCGGCAAUGGCCAGCGAACUCGAAGAACUUUUUGGGUUUUUAUCCUCCCCAUCUCCCCAAUUAAGGAGAGCAGCUGUUGAUAUUGUUCGAGGCUUGACUGGUACAGAUGAUGGAUUGCAAACUUUUGCUCAAAAUUCAGACAAAGCCGUGGCUGCUCUUUCCCGGCUUUUAGUAGAAAAUAAGGAGGUUGCAGAGCCUGCAGCUGAAGCACUUGUAAAUAUGUCACAAAACUCGGAACUUUCAGAAAAGAUGGUUGUGGCAGGUAUGGUUGGAAAAGCUAUGGAGAUGCUAUCUAGAAAAGAUCCAUCUCUCUCACGGUUAUCAGUGAUGUUGCUUGCUAACCUUACACGAUUGGAUGCUGGUAUCUCUUCAUUGCUCCAGAUUGGGGAUGCAAAAAUUGAAGGGCUAAAUCUUUUAAAGCUUGUUAGGUCUUUCUGUCAAUCACAUAACGACACAAAAGAUGAUCCCUUUGAGCAUGUUAGUUCCAUUCUUGUUAAUGUAUCAAGGACAGAAGCUGGAAGAAAUCUGUUAUUGGACCCUAAGAGAAGACUUCUAAAGCAAAUCAUUCCACAGUUUGAUUCAACAAGUUUGUUGCGCAAGAAAGGGGUUUUGGGGACAAUUCGGAAUUGUUGUUUUGAUGCAGAAAAUCAACUGCAAAAUUUGCUUUUGAUAUCUGAAUUUCUUUGGCCGGCUCUUCUCCUUCCUGUUGCUGGAAAGAAGUUGUAUAAUGAAGCAGACACAUCCAAAAUGCCACCUGAACUUGCAAGUGCACUUUCCCAUGAACGAGAACCAGUUGAUGAUCCAGAAAUUCGUUUAGAGGCUGCAGAAGCCAUUUACAUGAUAGCAGUUCAGGAAGCAGGCCUAAGAGCUCUUUGGUCUGUCAAUGGUCCGCGCAUACUACAAGUAGGGUAUGAAGAUGAAGAAGACCCAAAGGUCAUGGAAGCAUAUGAAAGAUUAGGUGCCUUGCUUGUUCAUGGGAACACCGAUUCUGAGUUGGAUACACAGGCGUCGACCUAGCACAGACGCGUGAAAGCUCUCGGAAACCAAAACGAAUGCAUGCAGGAGGCUCAUAGUUCUAUAGCUGUGAAAUCAGAACAGAGAACCAGGUGGAAGUGGAUUGGCUGCUGACUUCAACCGGUAAAAAUGGCCGUUGCUUUUCUCGUUGUUUUAGAAAUUCAAAUGAAGAGAAGAGGCUUGCCAUUUUAAAUAGGUUAUGAGGAACUUCGGUGUACCAACACCAGUCAUCAGCUUGCUUCAUCAAGGGUUGAUGCUGGAUCUGGAGGACGCUGAACUUCAUAUUCAAUUUUACAAUAAAACAUUGGUCAGGUGUAUGUUGUCUGGCUCUGAAUUCAUGUGGGCAAGUAGAAUCUGGUUGCAGGUGGACUUGUUUGAAGUUCUACUUUCAUUUUUGAAUUUGGUUCGAGCCUGGUAGAGAAUUCGAAGUAAAUAUGUAUAUUGAUUUAGUACACUGUUUUAUCUUCAAAUCCGUGUCAAAUCGAUUGCUUGGUUAACUAUUUAAA